UCGGCGCACGGGCCCCCAAACUUUUCCCUUCCGUCAUCGCCGCUGUGCUCGCCAGUCGUCGCCUCCAUCAUCCAUCAAUCGCUCUGGAACAUGCGCACGCCUGCCUUCUCGCGCCUUUGGGAUUUCAACGACACGCCUCGUACGGACUCGAGGUAGACGGCGCGUCCUGCUGGGCGCAAUCGGGGGACAUGGCCUCCAACAAAGCCGAGGAUGCGGCGGAAGGGGAUGUGUCGAUUGUGCAGAAGAUGCUGUCUGCGACGACGGGGAGUGUAUUGACAUCUCUGCUAGUAACGCCCCUAGAUGUCGUCCGAGUACGCCUCCAGUCACAAGCACAUACGCCGAGCACAUCGACGCCGAAAGCUCGCGCAUACACUGCUGCUUCCCUCACGCAAUUCCGCGAUCUGCCCCCGAACCUCGGAAUAUCGGCUUGCUGCAGAGAAGUGUUCUGGAUCAACAACAACGCGCCCUUCUGCGUCGCAGGGCCUACACUCGCACCCCUGAAUCCUGCAGAUGCUGCGUGUGCGGUGGAAGAGGUGGAACGGAGAACGAUCAACAGCACAUGGGAUGGAUUGCGCAAGAUUGCUCAAAAUGAAGGACCCAGGACACUGUGGAGAGGCUUGUCGCCCACUCUGGUCAUGGCAGUCCCAGCGAAUGUCAUCUACUUCGCCGGAUAUGACUGGUUACGGAGGGCGCAGAAGUCCCCGUUCCGAAGGACGGUACCGGAUCCGUACAUACCUCUAGUGGCAGGCGCCACGGCCCGUGUGCUCGCUGCCAUAGCUGUCAGCCCGAUCGAAAUGUUCAGAACGCGAAUGCAGGCUGCCCACCACACAAACACUGCCGCCGGACACUUCCGCGAGACCAUGGAUGGAUUGCAGGAGAUGGUUGCUUCUCAGGGCAUUCGCAGCCUGUGGAGAGGGCUUACAUUGACCCUCUGGCGAGAUGUCCCCUUCUCCGCCAUCUACUGGUGGGGUUAUGAGUUUGGACGCAACACCAUUACCGACCUGCGUGGAAGAGCAGAGGCAAGAAGAGAUGGUAUGGAGUUCCGCAUGGGCCGAGGCGAAGAGAGGAUCAGACGGCGAAGCCGGUCGCGCAGUCGAGAGAACAAUACCUCGACGCUUGUGGACAGCUUCCUCGCUGGUGCUGGCUCAGGUGCCGUUGCUGCCUUCGUCACAACGCCAUUCGAUGUCGGGAAGACACGCCGACAAGUCAUCAGACAUGUUGGGGAUGCAGUUAAAGACCAGGCCAGCUCCGCCGUGAAAGCCGUUCGACCGGAGGACAGAUCCAUGCCCCGCUUCCUGUGGCAUAUAUUUCAAGAGCAAGGAGCAUCGGGCCUGUUCAAGGGCUGGACUGCGCGAUGCCUCAAGGUAGCACCAGCCUGUGCUAUCAUGAUCAGCAGUUACGAAGUUGGAAAGAAGAUGGCGAACAACAUCAACGAACGGCGAGAGCACCGACUGGAAGACAUUUGAAUCAGCCUUAACCCAACCGCCUGCCCUUGCGUAUUGGGGCACCUUUGCGCAAAAGGAUGUACAUAUUUUGACGGACCUCCCCGCGCCUCUGUACCACGACACAUUUCCUUAGCCUUCCCUUGGGAGUAGAGAGACGAUUCAACUCACGGCAGCAUGGGACGGCGUUUUGGAUGAGCGAAGGCCAGUUGCGUUUGAAAAGUUCUGUAGAGAUACCAGCGCAUUUUAUUCACGGCCGCUGUCACGCGUGUGUACUAUAGACAUAGCCUAAUUAAAAUCAUGUCCUUAUCGGAA